CCAGAUGAGCGCGCUCGCAGACAGCUGCGGGCCGCCGGCCGCCGGGCAUGUCCCUUGAUUGCGCGCUGGCGGCGGGCACUGGGCCCCCGCGCAUCCUGGAGCCGGACAACCGAACACGCUUCUCCUUCUUCUCCGAAGUCAAGGGCGACCACCGGCUGGUGCUGAGCGCCGUGGAGACCGUCGUGCUGGCGCUCAUCUUUGCGGUGUCGCUGCUGGGCAACGUGGGUGCCUUGGUGCUGGUGGCGCGCCGACGGCGCCGCGGCACCACCGCCUGCCUGGUGCUCAACCUCUUCUGCGCCGACCUUCUCUUCACCAGCGCCAUCCCGCUCGUGCUGGCCGUGCGCUGGACCGAGGCCUGGAUGCUGGGCCCGGUCGCCUGCCAUCUGCUCCUCUACGUGAUGACCCUGAGCGGCAGCGUCACCAUCCUCACGCUGGCGGCCGUCAGCCUGGAGCGCGUGGUGUGCAUCGUGCGCCUGCAGCGCGGGGUGCGGGGCCCCGGCCCGAGGGCUCGGGCGGCGCUGCUCGCGCUCAUCUGGGGCUACUCGGCGCUCGCCGCGCUGCCGCUCUGCGUCUUCUUCCACGUCCUCCCACAGCGGCUUCCGGGCUCCGAGCAGGAAAUUCUGAUUUGCACACUGGUUUGGCCCAGCAUUGCCGGAGAAAUCUCCUGGGAUGUGUCCUUCGUCACUCUGAACUUCUUGGUGCCAGGACUGCUCAUUGUGAUCAGCUACUCCAAAAUUCUACAGAUCACCAAGGCGUCGCGCCGGAGGCUGACGGUGAGCCUGGCGUAUUCGGAGAGCCACCAGAUCCGCGUGUCGCAGCAGGACUUCCGGCUCUUCCGCACCCUCUUCCUGCUCAUGAUCUCCUUCUUCAUCAUGUGGAGCCCCAUCAUCAUCACCAUCCUGCUCAUCCUGAUCCAGAACUUCAAGCAGGACCUGGUCAUCUGGCCGUCACUCUUCUUCUGGGUGGUGGCCUUCACGUUCGCCAACGCGGCCCUGAACCCCAUCCUCUACAACAUGUCCCUGUUCAGGAACGAAUGGAGGAAAAUUUUCCGGGGCAUCUUCUUCCCAGACAAGGGAGCCAUGUUUACAGACACGUCUCUCAGGAGAAAUGACCUGUCUAUCAUUUCCACAUAAUUAAUUUCUCUCUAGAGGCAGAGUAGGUCACUCUGGUGAGCCACUGGUGUGUCUUCAAAGGGAGUGCAUCUCCAGGACCCUCACACCAGGGUGCCCUGCUUUAGGAAGAUGUAACCUAUGCAAAUACGUUCAGGGCACCAGUAAAUUAAGGGGUGAUCCUUCAGCAAAAGCAUUGUAUCCUUUAUCAAAGGAUUUGUUAUGGGUUUCUUGAAAUAUGAACUUUUUCAGUGUGUUUGUCGUAUGAUUGAAUGUAAUAAAUUUUUAUUUAUACCUGUUCAACAAUCACAUCUCCUGCAUAUAAAGCCACACCUUGCUGGCUUCUGAAGUGAAUCUUGCAACUGGUCCCGGACUCAGAUUUCUCUGAAGGGCCACAGCCGCUCUAGGUCCCUUCCCUGGACUCGCAAGGCCUCGGGAUCGUUCAUUAAUGUCGAUAAUGCUUGAGGAAUUUCCCACGAACAACCAAAGGUGAUCUUUUAAUUUAUUUAUAAGAAAUGCUAUGGACCCCUUUAGGAGAUUCAGUGUCAUGAAAUCAGAUAUAGGAUAACACCAAUAUUUGGAGGCUGGGGGGCGGAGGGGACGGCGCAGAAUCAUCGUAGGACAUACUUUGGGAAGAUGGAGCAAGCACAAUUUAUUGAUGGACGGGAUGUACAAUGUGAGGGAAAGAGAGGAUGCAAGGGUGACUUCUAGAUUUGUAGCCUGACACUGGUUGGAUAGUGGGCCAACCAACAACAAGG